UAUGUGUUCACGUCUGUUUUUUGUCUUUCAUGCUUUAAUUUUGUAAGAAUGUUCCCAACUUCGUGACUUAAUUGCAGCCGUGGUUAGUCAAAUUUUUCUGCACAAGAAAAUGUCUGUUGAUAAAGACGAGACACAACAGAGGUUAAAGGCCGCAGUCCAUUAUACUGUGGGUCGCCUAUGUCAGAAGAUCGGAGGGGACCACCGGAGGGAGUUCAGUCGACAAGUCAUAGCAGCAAUAGCCGAGACAACUUUCAGACAAUGUGAUACAUUUGCUAAAGACCUGGAGGCCUUUGCAAGGCAUGCUAAAAGAAGCACGGUGACUGCAGAAGAUGUAAAGCUCGUAGCCCGUCGCAGUACUGCAUUGUCCAUCUACAUACAAAAUAAAAGUGAAGAACUGAACCAGGAGCAGAGGGAUUUGAAAAAGAAAAAUACUGGGAAGAGGAAAAGCAGAGAGACUGAGGAGGAAAGCAGAGAAUAAGGACAAGACACAGGCAGACCUGCAGUGUCUCACUUGUGCCCAACAUUCAAAUAAACAUUAAAGCUGACUAAUA